AUGGUAAAGACACGAAAUUUUGUGGAGGGAGAUAGUAGCUUAGCAACAAAAGCUGUUUGGGACGAUGAGUUGACGUUGAUAUUUUGUGAACUUUGCGUGAAUGAAGUCAAUGCUGGCAAUAGACCGACAACUCAUCUAAACUCAAAGGGAUGGGAAAAUGAAAAUCCUGAUUUUAAAGGAUUUAAGAAGAAAGGAAUUGAACCACGAUUAAAUGAGUUAAUGUGGCAAAUGUUUGGUGGCAUUGUAGCCACUGGAGAGAACGCAUGGGCACCUUCGUCUGGUGUUCUUCCACGUGGGGUUCCUAUGGGAGAUGAUGCACCUAAUGAGGGAUUUGGUGAUUCAGAUGAACAUAGUAACGAACCUGAAGGUAUUCCCCCUGAUGAGGUACCAUCAAACCCUUCUCAUGAAAUCCCUAAUCGAAGAAAGCAAACACUUGGGGCUGUACAGUAA